AUGAUUAUUGUUGGUAUGUUGAAAGAAGAAGCUCCAUCUGAACAACAACAACUCAAAUCAACAAACAACAAUCAACAGCAAACACAAACGCUACAACAACUACACCAACUUCAACUUUACCAACAACAACAACAACAACAACAGCAACAACUAAAACAACAAGAACCGCAAGAAGUUAAUGUAUUCAAUGGAAAUUUAAGUGUUUUGAGUGUUGCCACCACAAAAGUUCCAACGAAAAUUCCCCUGACAAUUCCAAAAGCCAAGACAGUGUUUUCAUUCGAAGCAACAGGAGCACCAACAACAGCAACAACGGCUGCAACAACAACGAAUCCGUUCUUCAAUAGCAGUUCGUACAUCGGCGCCACGGAUUUUUCAAUCGCCGCCAUUAUGGCAAGAGGCGGCAAUGCCUCGAGCCGCGAACCAUCGGAGAGGAGUUUGAGUCCUCUCUCCGUUGAGCGUUAUCCAGAUGUGGAGGAUGACGUGGACGUUGAUGUUGUUGAUUGCAGUGAUAGCGAAUCGAUAUCGACACAUACAAUGCGCUCGCAUCAUCAUCAACACAAUUCGUCUCAUCGUCUUCACAGUCAACACAAUCAACACAACCAGCAUCAUCAUCAUCAUCACCAUCAUCAUCACCAUAAACAACAUCAUCAACAGCAUAAGCAGCGGCACAACACUAACAACAACAACAGCAGCAACAUCAAUAAUAACAAUAACAACAAUUGUCACAAUACCAGCGCUAGCAGUACAAACAGCAGCAGCAACAGUAGUCGGGGGCGUGCCUCAUCGCCGCAGAGCCCUACACCCACUGAGGAAGAUCGUCUCUCGCCGGAGCCAGCGCAGGUAAAACAAAAACCCGCACCCAAGAUUGUGGGUUCCUGCAAUUGUGAUGAUCUCAUACCAGUACAGUGCCACCUCGAGACGAAGGAACUCUGGGACAAAUUUCACGAAUUGGGCACAGAAAUGAUUAUUACCAAAACAGGGAGGCGGAUGUUUCCUACAGUGCGUGUUAGCUUUUCGGGGCCUUUGCGACAAAUACAGCCUCCCGAUCGUUAUGCCGUGCUGCUGGAUAUUGUGCCAAUGGACUCACGUCGGUAUCGUUAUGCUUACCAUCGGUCAUCAUGGUUAGUGGCUGGUAAGGCUGAUCCUCCACCACCAGCACGUCUAUAUGCACAUCCUGACAGUCCCAUAAGUUCGGAGGCACUACGGAAACAAGUGGUUUCUUUUGAAAAAGUCAAGUUGACUAACAAUGAAAUGGACAAGAAUGGACAGAUUGUUUUGAACUCUAUGCAUCGGUACCAGCCACGUAUACACUUGGUUCGUCUAAGCCAUGGUCAAAAUAUUCCCAAUACUCCCAAAGAACUACAGGAAAUGGAUCAUAAAACGUUCGUUUUUCCAGAGACUGUGUUCACGGCAGUUACGGCGUAUCAAAAUCAACUGAUAACGAAACUAAAAAUUGAUUCGAAUCCAUUCGCCAAAGGAUUUCGAGAUUCUUCGCGUUUGACUGAUUUCGAUAGGGAUCCCAUGGAUUCAUUCUUGCUCGAGCAACACUUACGUUCUCCACUACGUUUCUUUCCUGAUCCCCUAAUGCAACAAUUAUCACCACAAGAUGCCGAUGCAGCAUCUUUGGCAUUUCUGGAAAAAGCUAGGCAACAUUUACAAAUGUUUGGCCGCUCACCAUAUACGGAAAUGUUGCUGCCACAGCUCUACCAGCGUCCACCAACUUUGAACGCCUUCAACAUAGGCAUGUGGCAACAACAGUGGCCACAACUGACAGCAGGUUUCUUGGCGAACGCCGCUAAUCAGCAAGCCGCUGCAGCACAAGCAGCGGCCGCUGCCGCCGCAGCUGCUGCUGUUUCGGCUUCUCGCACUCCACCACCGCCACAGAUGACGAUUGUUUCUAGCCCAUUGCAACCACCAGCAGCAACAACACCAUCCUCUUCCGGUUCACCCUCGCCCGAUAUGCGCGCCAAACAUUUCCAACGUUUCAGCCCAUAUCAAGUGCCGCAACAUCAACAUCCGCCCAUGGCGAGAACCCCGCCCAAUUAAAAUGAAAUCCAGCAACAUUAACAAGCGAAAAUUUUUGAAAACUUAUGUGCAAUUUAUUUAUCAAAAUUUAUCAAAUGAUUUUUAGCUGUUUUUUGUUAUUAAUUUUUAUGCGACUUGUUAUUUGUUGCUAAGUGGCGAUGCGGCGAUGCGACGUGUAUAUAAACAUUAUAAAUGUUUACAAGUGAUGUAUCUACUUAAAAAAUUGUGUUAUAUUAAUAUAAUAAUAAAUCAUAUUAAUUAAGCAUAUUUAUUCUGUGUUCGGUACAUUCUAAAUUUUGAUUACUUUCCGAACUAUUAAACAAAUUUAAUAUAGAA